AGCUGACAUAGCUUCAGAUCACCAUCUGGUUGUGGCCAAUAUGAAAGUGAAACUAAAGAAACACUGGACAACUGGUGAAACAACAUUGCAAAUGUUCAAUACAACCUUCUUUCGACAUACUGACAAACCCAACCAAUGCAAGAUAACUCUCAACAACACAUUUUAAGUCUUUCAGGAACUUCUCAAAGAAGAAGAAGAAACUAAUGUGGAGGAGAACUAGAUGGAGAUCAAAGAAGCAUUGACUACAAUGUUUCAGGAUGUUUUACGCCAAAAGAGUUAUCGUCAUAAUGAAUGAAUCUCUAUGGAAACCCUGGACAAGAUUCAAGAAAGGAAGAACAACAAAACGGCAAUUAACAACAACCGAGAAAGAACACAGAAAGCCAAUGUACAAGCUGAAUACACAGAACCAAACAGACAAGUGAAGAGGAACACUGAAGCCAACAAGCAGAAAUGCGUGGAAGAGCUAGCAACGACAGAGGAAAAACUUGUAAGAGUAGUAAAUAUGAAACAACAAUGUGACACGGUGAAGAAACUAGUAGGGAUAUAUAGUAAACCAGAGAGACCAGUCGAGAACAAAGAAGACAAGACAGUCAUUGAGACUGGAGAACAGACAAAUACAUGGCUAGAACACUUUGAGGAACAGUUGAAUUGGCCGGCUCCAUCAAAUCUACUAGCUGGAUAUCAAAGUAGCACACACAUGGUUGACUGAUCACUUGACGGUGAUCAAUGUCAUGUGUGUCAA